UAGCUUGCAUAACGCCAGGCGGCAAGCUGCAUGCUGGCGGAGGCGGCUGAGCCCCGGGUGCCCAGCGCCGCCCUCCGGGCUCGGGGCGUGGCUGCCGCCCCUUUAUCUGCGACUCCAACGCUGGGACACAGCAGACAGCUCUCAGCUCUGCUCUGGUUACAGGUUCCAGGCAUGGCGAUGGCAGUAGCCCAGAAGUUCAGCCACCUGUUGUCUAGCCUGUGGCACACGGGCCAGAAGCCUCUGCAGCCGGAGCCCGUGUUCACAGUGGACCGGGCCGAGGUGCCGCCGAUCUUCUGGAAGCCGUACAUCUACGCUGGCUACCGGCCGCUGCACCGGUCGUGGUGUUUCUACUUCCGCACGCUGUUCCAGCAGCACAACGAGGCUGUGAACGUGUGGACCCACCUGCUGGCGGCCUUGGCUCUGCUGUUGCGGCUGAUGGUCUUGGUGGGGAGUGUGGACUUCUGGGACGACCCUCACGCCCGGCCCCUCUUCAUCAUCGUCCUGGCCUCCUUCACCUAUCUCUCCUUCAGCUCCCUGGCUCAUCUCCUGCAGGCCAAGUCGGAGUUCUGGCAUUACAGCUUCUUCUUCUUGGACUAUGUGGGUGUGGCCGUGUACCAGUUUGGCAGUGCCCUGGCGCACUUCUACUAUGCCAUCGAGCCUGCCUGGCAUGCCCAGGUGCAGGCCAUUUUCCUACCCACCGCUGCUUUCUUGGCCUGGCUUUCCUGUGCCGGCUCCUGCUACAACAAAUACAGCCAGAAGCCAGGCCUGUUGGGCCGCACUUUCCAGGAGGCACCCUCGGCGCUGGCCUAUGCACUGGACAUCAGCCCCGUGGUGCACCGCAUCAUAGUGUCCCCUCUCCCUGCCGAGGAUGACCCCGCUCUCCUUUAUCACAAGUGUCAGGUGUUUUUUUUCCUUCUGGCCGCUGCGUUUUUCUCCACCGUUAUGCCCGAGAGUUGGUUCCCCGGCAGCUGCCACACCUUUGGGCAGGGACACCAAGUUUUCCAUGUCUUUUUGGUGCUGUGCACUCUGGCCCAGCUAGAGGCUGUGACGCUAGACUAUCAUGCCCGGAGGCCCAUCUACGAGCCUUUGCAUGCCCGGUGGCCCAACAACUUCUCUGGCCUUUUCCUGCUUACCGCGGCUGGCAGCAUCCUUACGGCUCUGCUCCUCAGCCAGCUGGUGCGGCGCAAACUCCAUCAGAAGACUAAAUGAAAGCGGGUGGGUGGGAGCUGGCAGGGUGAGAGAAGGUGCUAGGGACAAAAGCCUGGAUUUGGCUCCAGAUGGGAACAAAGCCUGGUAAAGUUGUCUUAUAUCUG